AUGAUACCCCAUAGAACGCCAAGUAUUUCCGAUACAUCGACAUCAUCAGCUCAAGAUACCUCUCAAGCAGGUGGUCCUCGACGUUUACUACCAGCUGCUCGUCCCCAGCCGGCUGAAAGUUCUAAUCACUACCAAACAGCUCCCUUGACAAGAAAACGAGCUCCAAUAGCCUUGGCAUGUGAAGCAUGUCGACAGAAGAAAAUAAAGGUCAGUAUAGUUCCUACUUUGCGUAUUAUGGCGGCAGCUCAUCGGCCUUUGCAGUGUAACGGAGCUCGACCGGUAUGCUCUCAAUGCCGGGCACGGAAAAUCGAGUGUGUUUACAGAGCAACGCCAGACACAGACUAUCGUGAGAAAUACGAGGCACUUCUAGAAUCACAUCCUGCAGCCGUCGUAUAUCGAGCUAUUCAAAAACGGCCACGAUCUGAAGCACUUGAAAUCGUCAGGCGGAUUCAAGCUGGUGUCGAUGCUGAAACUUUGAUGCGCCAACUAUCAAGCGCCGAUUUACUCCUUCAAGUACAACUGGAGCCAGAAACAAGAUCACGAUAUCAGUUUAUCUACUCACCGCUCAUGCCUACAUAUCUUCAGACUGACGAUAAUCCCUUCAUGAGAUCUCUUAUACAUGAGUGGAGCACAAGAGAUGAUAUUGUUAGUAUUGCAUCUCCGGUUUUUACAGAAACAGAUUUGGGGUAUCGGGCGCAGUACUUGAGACCUCACCAUGCGGCAACAAUUGUCGACUCAAGGCUGGACGAGAUAGUACCUUCGACAUGGACUACUGUGGACGUUAGCGAUGAUACAAUGAAGCAGCUUAUACGCGCUUAUUUCCUUCAAGAGUAUGACUGGUUCACGUUCUUCCAUAAGGACUACUUCUUAGACGAUAUGAUCAAUGGAUCUAAUACAUUUUGCUCAUCACUUCUCGUCAACGCUAUUUUGGCAGUUGGAUGUCCGUUAUUAAAAGCACCACCCAAGACACCCCUUCCCGACCCUGACCGCGAUCCAGAGUGGUUUGGUGAGAUCUGGCUCAAGUAUCCUUCGAGUUCAACACUGGUGCCAUUGCGGCUUGGCUUGCUGUUCAAAGCAAAGAUGCGAUUUAGUGUCGUUCUUAACGAGGCAAUGUUAGAAGUUGAAAAAGAUUCAACUGAUUCUUACUUGUUUCGAAAUGGGGCCACAAGGAUCAUUAAGAUAGCGGAAAGAAUGGAUACAUGGUAUAAAGCUAUGCCAGAACCACUGUCACCAACGCAGAUUGUUUCACCUUCACAACUCAAGAUACAUCUUCAUCAUUGCUAUGUUAUCAUACAACUAUACGAAAUUCUUGCCCCAGGAGGACAAAGACAAGCCCCGAACCUCCCCAUCGAAGAAGAAGAACUUCGAAAGUCCCUCUCAAAAUACCGAGGCUACUUCGAGACCAUUCUACGAAUCCACUAUCUUCGCCAUAGCUUCGAAUACGGAAACAUGAUGCUAACACGCUUCCUGUCAAUGCUAGCAUUUCUAUCCCUAAACAAGAUCGAAUCCUUGGCAACAUCCACCAAGCCAGAGCAUACCACCACGGGAUCUGGAUUAGAUGUCGGAGACACAGAUCCUAAAGAAGCAAGAGCCACGCUUUUAAUAGCCCAGAAAGGCCUUAGUGAUCAAGGGAGAGGUUAUUACUUACCAAAGACACUGUUGCGGGAUAUUCUUACGAAUAUGACGGCGAGUGAUGCUACGAUUCUUCAGAGCUUUAUAACGAUUCCGUCUGAAGGACCGGAGAAGACGCAGGAGAGGAAGAUGUAUAUGGAGAGUCACUGCCCACCGGAUAUUCUGCGUAUAGCGAAUGAUCCGAGUAAGCAGCCGGACGGGAAUUGGAUACGAAAGUUUGCGAUGUUGACACUUGGGGAGAAGUCUGGGCGUUCGAUUUUGGGGAUGAUAUCUGGAGGCAGGGAAAGCUAA